UCAUGAUCGGCUCGGAAAAACCAUCGGUGCCAAUUGGGUUGCUGCUGCUGCUGACGGCCCUGCCACCGCUGGUCAUCGGUCAGAAUCUGUUCGGCCUAUCGGCCACCCUCAGCAACGUUGGUAAAAAGAAGCUGGUUGUCCAUCGGGUCGGCCAAUGUCCGGGUCAGAAGCAUCUUCCCAUCUUUGUGCCGGAUAUGCGCAUUGGACCGUACAACGCUACCAACAAUGCCGUCAGCGGAACCAUCGAGUUUCGGGAGGACUUUCCCAACGGGUGGGACGUUUCGGCGACGGUUAAGAAGUGCGACGAUUUCCGGUCUUCGGCAAGCUGUCGGCCCCACUUGAACAACAUUGCCAAUUCGAACCAGUGCAUGCUGCUACGUCUGGGGGGAGACAUGAUGUGGAUGAAGUACCUGAAGAGCAUCAGCCCCAAACCGGAGUGUCCCUUCCGGAAGGGUAACUAUACGUACGGGGAAACGCUGGUUGAUGAUGAUUUGGUGAAAUACAUGCCGGGGAGCGGUACCACCUACUGGGAGGUCGAAAUCAACGGAAAAGUGAAAAAUCAACUGGUUUUGUGCAUUAUAGUGCAAUUGAAUGUUCGACCAAAGAAGGGUUAAUUUUUUGGGAUAUAAUAAAUCAUUGUGAAUCCGGUCAGUAAUAUGAAAAGCGUCAAAUUCAUUAGGAAAAAUCCGAGCCAGACGAUAGAUAGAAAGACAAUACACACAAUAUUCGCUGUAAUACCAGUGUUAAUAAAUACUUGAUAGCCGAUUUA